AGAAUAGAGGAGACAUUAUGAAAAUGGAUGUGACAUAAAAGCAAUAAAUAAUGAGUCGGAAACAGAAAGAGCUACUCCCAAAGUAUGAAUAUACGAAAGUUGAAGGAUAUAGAGUAGACUUUCUACGAAGGAAAUGUUUGCAAAAAUCAUUCAAGGGAAACGAAAAGGGAUCGAAGAAGCUUUUGAAAAUGUCUGAAACAAUUCACACUGGUAUGGAAGUCCUCUGGCGUCAAAAUUUUCUGUGCGAUGUUGAAUUGCUCUCUAACGAUAGGCGGCGCUUUAAGGCUCACAGAUUAGUUCUUUCGACGUGUUGCGAUUAUUUUUACGACAUAUUUGUGGAAAAUUUUUCAUCACACGAUAAUGCAGUGAUCGAGAUUGAUGACGUUUGUGGAAGUAUUCUCGAAAUAUUGUUAGAGGCAAUGUACACCGGAAGAGUCAAAAUUGAAGCGGGAAAUGUUGAUGAUAUUUUGUCGUCUGCUGCAGCUAUAGGUAUGUACUCAGUUAUUGACGCCUGCGAAAGCUUUAUGUUGGAACAUGCUUCAAAAGAUAAUUGUUUACAGUUGCUUGGGACUUCAUCAAAAUAUAACCUUAAUCGUCUGACUGAUUUGUCAAUUGAAAUUGCAGCGCAAAAUUUCAAGACGGUUUCAAAACAACGACAUGUUUUUCGUAAUUUAUCAGUUAACCAUUUGAUUUCGAUUCUGAUAAGAAACGAUCUUGAUGUUGAUAACGAAUUGAUGGCGUUCCAUCGCAUGCGGUCUUGGAUUGAAGAAGACAAAAUUAGUCGUCUGCAGCAUGCGGCUAAUCUUAUGGCAACUAUUCGUCUGCCACUACUGGAUCCGGCCGAGGUAAUCGACAAGGUAGAAUGUUUCGAUUAUCUCAUGGAGAUAGCGACAUGUCAGAAAAUGGUUAAGGAAUGCCUUCAUUACCAUCUCAUGCCAGCAAGACAGAGCCUGCUGCAGUCAGCAAGAACCGUUCCACGACAAAAUGCGGUUGUGUGUUUGGUGACAGUAGGAGGUGCCCCAAGACUGGAGACUGAGCCCGUGUCUGAUGACGUCAUGGCGUACAAACCCGAAACUAGUCAAUGGGAGCUUGUCACCAAAUUACCAGCUCCACGGCAGCACCACGCAACUGCAGUCCUUAAUGGAUUCCUGUACAUAGCGGGUGGAGAGGAGAAAAAUGGAGUUAUAGCACCGUCGAAGUCCAUGUUCAGAUUCGAUCCUCGAACCGGCAUGUGGAUGGAAACAGCACGCAUGUCCACUCCUCGACAGAGCUUUCAGCUAGGCGUCUUAAACAGCACUAUCUAUGCCGUCGGUGGUCGUAUUAGUCACGACGAUUCCCUUGCCUCGGUAGAGCGGUAUGAUCCCUGCCUUGACCGUUGGGAAGACGUUGCACAGCUUUGUUGUCCUCGUCGAUGUGCUGCCGUUGGCGUUUUACACGGAAAAUUAUAUGCUGUCGGCGGCUCGGGAAAUAAAUACAUACUAAGUCGUGUGGAACGGUAUACGCCUUCUGAAGACAAGUGGGAAGUCCUAAAGUCUCUAAACACGCCUCGUUUCUUUGGACAUCUUCUGCCAAUCAAUGGACACCUGUAUUUAGUAGGCGGGGCUGCCAUAGAUGACCGUGGAAAUCUGAUGUGUAUUGAAGAUAUUGAAAGGUUUUCGCCUGAUAUGAACCAGUGGAGUUUCAUCAUGAAGAUGCGGACACCAAGGUCUGAGUUUGGAUGUUGCGCCAUGAAAGAGAAAAUCUACAUACUUGGUGGAUAUAACUGGAAUGAGAGUAAGCGUCCGAGUGAAGUAGAAUGUUUUGACACAGAAACGCUCGCGUGGUCAACACUUCCGGAACAAAAACAACCUCUUGUCGGCGUGACUGCUGUAAUGUUGACACUGUUUGACAAACGAAGAAAUUGAAGAUUAGGACGUUUUUUUGUUUAAGUAAUGAGCUUUUAAAGAAAAUUAUAGUAGAUAUGAUACGCUUUUAUCUGAACUUUGAUAAAUGUUUAAAACUA